CGGCAGCCGCGCCUGCGCAGCGCGGACUUGCUGGGAGGGCCGGGGUCACCCUGAGCCGCGGACGGUACCAGGAUGCUGACCAGAUUCCUGGGUCCGCGCUACCGCGAGCUGGCCAAGAACUGGAUUCCCACGGCGGGUAUGUGGGGUGCCGUGGGCGCCGUGGGGUUGGUGUGGGCCACUGACUGGAGGCUGAUUCUGGACUGGGUGCCCUACAUCAAUGGCAAAUUUAAGAAGGACAGUUAAUGUAAGCAGUCCUCCAAGGACCCCUCUGGUGUCUGCUGAUGCCGGUUUCCCCGUUUGCGUCUGAAACCGCCUAAGCCCUCACCGGACCUUGAGGACGGCCACAGCUCCCGUCCACAGCCCCCGAGGACUUUCUGAAAAUGGGUUGGUGUUGACAGCACACGGCAUUAAACCCCGCUCUGAAAUCUG